CUGAAUAUUGCACUUUUCCUAAAGAAAGCCAAUCAGACGCAUGAUUUCUUCAUCUAUGAAUUUCUGUAUAUACUUUCCAUGCGUGGGUGCUGAAUAAUCUGGACAUCCUAAUUUGAGUCAAUCUCUAAUUAAUAUGUUAAUAAAUUACCUAACAUUCUAAUUAAUAUGUUAAAUGUUAAUUUGAUAGUUUUAAAUUUUCUCUUUCUAUGCGGGCAAACCAACUUUGAACAAGUUAAAAGUUCUGGAUCUAGGAAGCCAACAGAUCAAUACAAGCAUUCAGAUGCAAUCAUUAGGGUCAAUCCCAAACCUCAGGACACUAGAUCUUUCAUAUAACUACUUCAAUGGAACAACAACUACUCAAGAGUUGGGCAAUUUGAGCGCGCUGGAAGAAUUGUGGCUGGAUGGUUCUACUCUACGCACAGACUUUCUCCAAAGCAUUGGAUCAUUGACUUCUCUCAACGUUUUAAGUUUGGAAAGUUGUGGACUCAAGGGAAUCCUGCCGAAUGAAGGCUGGUGCGAAUUGAAGAACUUGCAAGGCCUUGAUCUCUAUUCAAAUGAACUUGAAGGGACACUCCCACCAUGUUUAGGAAACUUGUCAUCUCUUCGAUAUAUGGAUAUCUCUUCCAAUCAAUUCAAUGGAAAUCUUGCCUCCACUCCCAUACCCAAUCUCAUUUCUCUUGAAUUCCUCAAUCUUAGACGUAAUCACAUUGAAGUCCCGAUGUCAUUAAAGCCAUUGGCAAAUCUCUCAAAUCUUACGGAUUUCUCUGCUGAUAACAUUGUUCUAGAUCUUGAUAGCCAAUUCUGGACUCCAAGAUUUCAACUAAAGACAUUGAUCUUUGGUAGCUCUCUAUUCAAUAAAUCAAAACCACAUCUUCCCAAUUUCCUCUAUUAUCAAAAUGAUUUGGAGGGGAUUUAUCUAUCCGGUUGUGAGUUUGGAGGUGUGUUCCCAAAUUGAUUGCUUGAGAAUAACACAUUAUUAGAAGGAAUUUAUUUGAGUGGUAACUACUUUACGGGCCCAUUGUUAUUGCCAUCACAUUCCAAUCUAAAUCUCUCUUGGAUAGAUAUAUCUGACAACCAGGUACAAGGUCAAAUUCCUACAAAUGUAGGUUUAAUUUUUCCAAAUGUGGGGUACUUAGAUAUGUCUGGAAAUUUUUUCCACGGAGAGAUCCCUGCUAGCUUGGGUGAGAUGGAGUCAUUAACAUAUUUGGACUUAUCAAACAAUCAUCUGUCUGGCUCUAUACCAACUUCCUUCAGCCAGUUACAACAUCUCAGUUAUGUCUAUUUAAAUAAUAACAGAUUGCGAGGUCGAUUAGCACACAAUUUUCUUAUCAACUCCUCUAUUGUGGUGGUAGACCUUAGAGAUAACAGCUUCAGCGGCAUCAUUCCAAGUUGGAUCGGCAAUCUCUCAAGUUUGGGUGUUCUUCUUUUGCGAGCGAACGAGUUCCAUGGUGAGAUUCCAAUUACCUUAUGCAAUCUAACCCAAUUAAGCUUCUUGGAUCUUUCCUCGAAUAAUUUAUCAGGUCAUCUACCUCCCUGUUUGAGUCAUUUGAAUUUUGAAGCUAGAGAAAACAACACCUUGGUACAUCAUUUUCCAUCCCAGUGGGACGAAGUUGUGGAGUUUAUGGUAAAGAGUAGCUCGCUUAAUUACUCGGGAAUGAUCCUCAAUUACAUGUUCGGAAUUGAUCUAUCUUGCAACAAUUUCUCCGGUGAAAUCCCACUUGAGUUUGGAAACUUAAGCAAUAUCAAAUCUCUGAAUCUAUCACACAACAAUCUGACGGGUCAAAUCCCCAUAACAUUCGCAAACUUGAAGCAGAUUGAGAGUUUGGAUCUUUCAUACAACUACUUGAUUGGUCUAGUCCCUCCUCAGCUUACAGAGUUGAACUCUAUAGAAGUUUUCAGCGUGGCACACAACAACUUGUCAGGUCCACUUCCAGACAGGAAAGGCCAGUUUAUAACCUUUGACGAAAGUUGUUAUGAGGGAAACCCUUUUCUCUGUGGACUUCCAUUGACUAAAAGUUGCAAAGAGAUUGUUUCUGCAUUACCAUCUCCAAAUGCCUUUCUUGGAGAGGAUGUAGAUGAUGGUUUCAUGGAUAACAAUGUUUUCUAUGUGAGUUUUGUGGUGUCUUAUAUUAUGGUACUAUUGGGAAUAGCGGCAGUUCUAUACAUAAAUCCGUAUUGGCGACGAGCAUGGUUUUAUCGAAUUGAAGAGUGCAUCACCGCUUGCUAUUAUUUCAUGGAGGACAAUUUCUGGAGUGUGUAGCUUUUUCCUGUUGAUGGUGGUGGUCAAGCCUCCCUAUUAGCCUUUUGGUGUUCCAACUCUGAUUUUGGAUCAAUCAAUCUGUAUGAAACUUUGUCUACUGAAUAUUUUGGAUCAAUCAAUCUGUAACAAAUGGUUGAUAAAUUGUUUGCUUGACAAAAAUGAAUGCUGUAAUAGUUUUUGAUAUUUUCUUAUGUUUUUGCAUGGGCUCUGUUACGUUUUUCUGAAAAAACAGAACAGAAGGCAGU